UUAUACAGACUUGGUGCGUUGACGAUGCUUCUUCGCAGUUGGUUCUUGUGACGUCAGGCCAACAUUAGGCGCACGACCUGGGUAGAGAGGUGUCCGUCAGAAGGCUAUACGGCAUGGGAAGUCGUGGUUACAGCGGAAUGUAUGAUUGGUGAUGGGAGCAUGUUGAUGUGGCAUUUAGCUGAGGUGGCACUUCAUUGCGUCGUGGGUGGUACCGAGGCUACGACCGGUCAUCAAAUGAACACUCAGCUCAAUUGGUCAGACACCGAGGAGGGUGGAGUUGACGAUGUGAGACUGACACGUUUGAGAUCACUUAGGGUCCCGCAUGUGUUUCAGACCUUACAACCGGGAGAUGAAAGACGGCUUCGUGCCGAAAAUAGAGGCCGUGCUCUCGCAGCAGCCAGGGAAACAGCACUAGCUGCAAGUCAGGCGUUGGCAGCAACAAACGCAGCAGCUAGAGACCAGGCAACAGCAGCCAGAGCAGCAGCAAUGGCUAACGGCGCAGCCUCUGCUGCGUCCUCGUCUGGGACCCAGUUGGGAAUGCCCGCUGGGCCCACAGGUACUUCCGGGGCAGUAAGUUCUGGUCAGUCCACAAGUCAAAUGGCGGGCUCGCAGUUAAGCCCGUUGACCCCACGCAGCAGGGAGCUCUUAGAGCUCCAACAAGUCGAAAGGAUCCGCGAGCGGUUAGAGAGGGAACUGAAGCAAGCAACCGAUAAAGAAAAGGAGAUAAAAAAUAGAACAGCCAGGCUUGAUACGUUAGAGGCAAACAAAGCUGCAUUGGAGGGUUUGGAUGAGUCAGCCAUGACUGACCAAAUUAAAGUACUGAAGAACAACGUACUGUCGCUGCAUGCGCAUGUGGACAGCAGACUGGACUUCAUGCAAAACUCUUUGGACCAGAUCUUGGACCUUUUGCAAAGGCCAGGAUUUAGGCCAGCAGCACAGUCGCCGUUGCCGUUAACGGCGAUGUCAGGCCCCUUUCCGGUACAAGCUGGCACACAGCCAAGUGGUACGUCUGCAGCAGCCGCACAAAUUGUUGCUUCUUCUUCUUCUGGUCCAGCGGCAGGUGCUACUCCACAGCCGCAACAAACUGUUCCACCACAGGGACAGCAACAAGGUCAUUGGUACCCAAAGACCCCUAUGAAACCGCCCCUUGCCCUCUCCGGAGAGAAGAAGGACGAGGAAGUCAACACUUGGUUGAGAACAGUUCCAGUGUGGGUAAGGGCAAAGAGGACUUUGCAGGAGGAGGAGGUGAUUACUGCUGCAUCUUACCUUGAGGGUAAGGCAGCCAAAUGGCUGGAUGGACUAGUAGUGAAGGCCUUCCAAGACAGUGUUUCCAUGGAUUUCAUGGACACCCUGGUGACCAGUAGGAAUGGCAAGAGGCACAUCUUUGUCAUCAUAGACCGAUUCACCAAGUACGCUAGACUAAUUGCCAUGCCAGAGACCGCAAGGACUGAACACGUCAUCAAGUUGUUUUUGGACAACUGGGUGCGUGAUUUUGGAUUACCGAAGUCAAUCAUUAGUGACAGAGAUGUCCGUUUCACAAGUGAGCUGUGGAAGAACAAUGUUGAACAGAUGGGCAGUCAACUUCAUAUGACUUCAGGGAAUCAUCCCGAAGCAAACGGACAGGCCGAGCAGAUGAACAGAGUUGUACAACACUUGCUGAGGCAUUACAUCAAGCCCAGCCAGGAUGACUGGGAUGAAAAAUUGCCUCUCAUCGCCAACCUGUACAACAAUGCUGUACACAGCAGUACCGACGUCAGUCCUAACCAGCUACACUUGGGAUGGAAGCCUAGAUCAGCACUGGACUUCCUCCUGCCUGAAAACCGAUCCUCUGCAACUCCAGGCACACUUGAGUACGGUGUGCAGUAUGAGAAGUUCCUACAGCAAGCUGUCGAGCAUAUCAAGAAAUCUCAGCAAGCAAUGAUUGCUUCUGAGAACAAACAUCGCCGACAGUCUUGAUUUCAAGUAGGGGAACGGGUCUGGAUCAAGGCUAGUGAGCUAGGACAGGAAUUCAGAAUCUCUCGUAAACUAAUGUCUCAGUAUUUUGGUCCCUGGGAAGUCCUGGAUAUAGUUGGGGAUGAGAUGGAUGGUCCUACCUAUGUUAUCCGCAUC